CUGUGGGAGGGCGUGUGCAUUAGGCUAUAACUACACCAGUCCACUGAGACACACUGCUUUUGACUAAGAUGAAACAUGAACAGGAGAACCUGUGACUGAUUCCGAGUUAAAAAUGGAUUCUUCCCAGGAAGCAGACCCUUCAGCUGAACAGGGUGCUCAAAAUAAUCCUGCUGAAGAGAGAACAGGUCCUUUGGGGAAUGCUGUCACGCUUCCUCAGAGCAUUUCUCAAAGUGAAUUAAAAGACAAUCUACCUGAGAAGGAUGUUCCACAGGGGCCCUCCCAGUCUUCUCAAACAGAGGAUGAACGUGAGGGUUGGUGCGACCUUACAAAGGAAGGGUCAGAAAUUGCACGAUACAGGUCACAUCCACACAGUUGGACUGGAGAUAACAACGAAAACCUGAUUUGUGUGAAAUUUUAUGCUGCUCUUCAGAAGGAUAUUGAUACUAAACAUGAUAAGAUGUAUCUUGUUAUCUACCCAAACAAAAUAAACGUAGAGAUGACUCCAAUAAGGUCUGAUGAAGCUGGUUCGAUGUUCACAUGUGACCACUUUCUCUACAAGACUGAAGUUAAUGAGCUCGGUUACACAUAUUGUCUCGCUGAUAAACAUGAAACCCUUCAAGGUUUCGAAUACAGGAGACUGUUCAGAGACAUCUCUGAGGAUGAUAAAGUCUUUCACCAGUUUGAUGACAUAUGCAUGGAAACAGGAACAUUGUUCUGGAAGAAGAAAACCACAGUGAGGGAAAUACGACCCAAAUUCCUUCAAGCAAUGUUAACACAGCUGAUGAAUUGCACAAAUGAGGAUUUAUCAACAAUGCAAACUACAGCUGCAUUUUUUAUGGAUUGUGUUCAAAUAAGACAUGUUAUUGACCAUGAAAUGCUCUCUGAGAAAAUAUUAACAUCAUGGGACAAAGUAAAGGGAAAACUGGAUGAAGCAUUUCACUGUGCAGUUAUGGAGUCAAAAGAAACCUCUCCAGUUCAAUAUGUCCUCGCUGCAGCAGUUCUUACUGAGCUUUUUCAUAUUAAGCUUGCAAAAGGUUCAAUUGAAAAGCUGUCUGAAAUUGUCAAACAAAAUGGCAUGCUAGAUGGCACUCUGGCAAGUCUCGAAGACUCAGUGAGAUGGGUCAUUUCUAAAGCUGUGCGUUAUGUGUACAAUCUGGCCUGCAAAAUGUCACCAAAAGCAGCACUUUGGUUUAUGGCACUGUUUUAUGCAGUGUCUCCAGAACGUGUUGCUCCAUUAGCAUAUAACUAUAUGUUACAGAAGUCUGCACACAGGAACUUGUCUGAAAUGGUCGAGACACACUGUAUGGUGAUAAAGAGAUGCAAAGCAUUCAGAGAUGCAGUACUAGACAUGUGUAAUGCAGGAGAUGGACGCCACCUCUUGAAACUCAACAUUACUCCAGAUGAAUUGUUGUCACAGCUGAUAAAAUGGCAGACCUGCAACAGUUUCCAUACACUGCAUCAGAAUGUGAAAAUUGCUGCUUCGCAAAUUAAGGAUUGGCUAAAAGGAAGCCAAGAACGAUCAACUUCAGAAACCUUGAAGAUGGAUGUAGACUCCUGCCUGCAGAAAACACUGAACAUACUUCAAUAUUCUUUGAAAGAUACAAACUGGAUAGAACACUGGGAUAAUGUCUUGUCAGCACUGCAGCUUCUGAAUGCAUUCACUGACUAUUCUGUCCAUCAUUCAGAUGAUAUGGGUUUGAACAGAGAUGAUUACAGAUCUACUUUUUCUCAUCUAACAAAGAUGAUGUCUGCCUGCAUCACACAACACCAGAAAGGAAACAAGACAUUGGACCUUAAACAUUGGAGUGAAGUGUUCAAUCUUCGAUUGCCAAAUAUUUGGCAAAAAGUCUGGGAGGAUAUUCUAAAGAGGCACUUCAGAGAACAUCUGCAAAAGAAAAAGAUAAUUGACAUGGUGGAAUACUACUGCUGUAAUUCUGGUGUUUGUCCAGCAAUGGAGGACUGCAUGUUGACUUGUGCCAAAGAUGCAAUUAACAGACAGACAAAUGAGAGCAAUCAGAAAGGAUGCCAGUCUACUUGGAGGGAUCUCCUAAACAUAAUAGUAACGUCUACUAAACCUGGAACACUGUCCUUCAUUAUCGAAAGCAAACUGCGUGACCUAGAGUGGAGCCAGAAGGACUUUCUUUACCUUCUAUUUGAUGAACAGCUGAGAGAUGUUUUUUGGACAAUGAAGAAAAAGCACAUGGACAAAAUCUGCAUGGCACAUCUCCCAACAAAACAGCUAAUACAAAGAGCUCACAAUCUAAUGGAUCAACUGAUUGAGGAAAUGAUGAACAAGUCAUUACCAUGCAAACUAUUGAAAGGAAUCAUUGACAGGAAACAACAUGUCAACAGUUACUUACUAGGGAAAAACGAGGGCACAUUUUGGAAGACAAUAAAAGAAGCAGAGGAGGAUUUCAAAAAAUUUGAAAGCCGGAGAAACAAAGUAAAGGUACUCAAUGACCUUAACCAAGGCAUGCCAGUUGAUGUAAAACAACUUGAGACAACUUUGUCAAUCGAGCUGGACAAGGAGGAACGUUCACAGAAAACUAUCAUGGACAUGGUGCUCAGCGAAGAACCUGGAAGUGACACAUAUUUUCUCAAUAUUCAGGCAUUUGAAAAGAUUGAUUUUCUGUCUAAAAGCAUUUAUUUCAAAGAUCUCUGGCGAGAAACAGCCAAACAAGCCAAGAACACUGAGUAUAAAGAUAUUACAUUAAUUCCACUGGAUCAAGUCUAUGAUAAAGUUUACAAACCAGCAUUUGAAGAAUUUAGAAACUCGUACAAGGCCUUGAAGGACCUCUCGAUGAGUCUGCAGGACUUGGAGAGUAAACUGGGCAAAUUUUUAGAGAGCAUGUCUAAAGAACUGAAAAUAAUGGUGAAUGUGUUCAGUGAAGAUAAACAGGAAUGGACUCUGAAGACAGCUGUACACAUUCAACGUUACAGAGAUCUUCAGUCUGCAAAAGAAAAUGCAGAAGUGAUCAUUGAAUUAAAAAAUGACCUUGGUCUAUGUGGAGACUUUGGUGGCAUUGAUAACUUCAAGCAUAUGGACUGUAAGUGCUUGAGUGACCUGACUGAAAAUGUGUCCAUAGUUGGAAAAAAACUGAAGGGCAUUCCAGAAAAAACAGUUAGAUUUCUAAGAGAAUUUAAUAAAUGCAUCAGAAAAGGAUUCAUCUCAUGGAUUAAAGAAAUCAUAAAAGACACUGGAGAGCUAACUGCAUUUGUGGAGCUGGCCUCUAUCUCUGCUGGAGAAAAUAUCAUGGACAUUGACAAAGUGUGCAAUUUCAGAGAUGCCAUAUCUGCUGCUGCACCAGUAAUAUAUCACCUCUCCGAACAAUCUGGAAUUGAAGAGCUCCUUCAAGCUAUCAAUAAGCUUGGGCGUGCUUUAGAAAGUGACAGAAAACUGGAAGAGAAGCUGAAAGCCUCCUGUGACAACAUGGAGUGGCUCAGAAUUGCCUAUGAGACUCAUGGUUCUGUUGAGAGGUCGUCUUUGCACCAGGCCAAAGAUAUAAAUGAAAGUGGGAUUUACAUAAUUAAAAGUCCAUCUGAAGCUCAAUCAAGGAUUAAUUUGGAAAAUUGCAUCACAUUAAGAUGCAAGGAAAUAUUGUCUGAUGGACAAGAUGUGGGAUACAGAACAUACAGGCUUGCUGAACUUCAAGAACUGCUAAACAAACUGAUGCUGAUUACUGUCAGUGUAAAAAACCGAGAAGAUGAAAUCACAACCUACAUUGAGGUUUUGGAGCAGAUUAUAAAUGUGGGAAAGUGCUUCCUUGACCUCAGUGAUGCUGGACAUAUUCUGUUUCAAGGCUGGGAGAUGAGAGCCUACUGCCAACAAACACGUGAUAUUAAAAUUUGGGUGACGUUUGGUAUUACAAAAGUAGAGAUUAAAGGUUACAGACCGUUGCUUGAGGAGUUGAAAGGACUGUGUGAAAGUAUGAGAGGUUGUCUCUCGGAAUGGUUAAAGUACACAGAGCAGAAAAGGAACAUGUACUACUACUUAAAUUACUUCACAGCAAAACAGCUAGUCUCUCUAUGUUGCUCUGUGGCUGAAUCUCGGAAUGAGGGGAAGAACAUAAACACUGGUCUUCUUAACAUGUUAUCUAUCAUAAAAGAUAACGUUGAAGGAAAUGAUGUGCAAAAUGCACUCACCAAAGCACUCGAAACCCCAGUGGAAAGUGGUGGAUCACAAGCAUCGCUCGAGCUCAAGAAGUUCCUCAAUGAUUAUCCAGACAUGAUAGAAUAUUUUCGUGAUGCAGGAAUUACAGAGGAACAGACCAAAGCAGCAAUAAUGUUUUGUGAACAAGAUGAGGAAGUAGUAGGAGGUUUUAGUGGCUCAGAGACUAUAGAGGAGUACCGAAACACUGUGAUGCAAUGUAUUGAUGAUCAUCAAGAUGAUGAAGAAUGGGUCCAGGAAUGGUGUGAGAAAUAUGAGGCAAGACGAGAUAGUGUCCUUAAAAAUAAAAUGAAAUUCAAAGGUGGACUCACAUCAGAAGAAGUGUCUUUUUCAAUGACAGAGGAGCAGAUUGCAGCAGCAUUUGCCAACUUGGAAAAUUCUGAUGAGAAGAUUGUAAUGCUUUGGCAGACAUACCACAGCAAACUCUCAGGACUCGUAUCAGACAAGUUUGUAGACUUAGAUGUUCUUGGGGAAACCAUGAACCAUCUUGCCAAAUCUGCAGAAGUGACUGUGAAACGAAAACUGCCAAUCAUUUUGGAAGGGGGCAAACCCAACCUGAUUUCCUGUAAAGAUGUUGAGAUGCUUCCAUUGUGCCUAUCUCUGUACAAUGAUAAAGAGCAACCAUUGCCAACCUAUGAUGAAAUUCUGGUCUGUACCUCUGAGACGACUGCAGAAGAGGUGGAGCUGAUUAUCAGGAGAGCUGUACAGCCUGGCAGCCCACAUGAGAAGAUCUACUGCUUACUGAAUGCAGACAAACUGAAUCAUGAUGUGUCCCGAAAAUUCGAGUCCAUUUUCUACAAAAAAACACAAGAUGCACAUGUCCAGGGAGGCAUGUAUAAGAGCGAUUACCAAUUAUUAAUUUUCUGUGACUCAAAGGCACAUCACAGUUAUGUUGCCACUGCUUUUGACAUGUUUAAGAGGACAGUUUCCGAGAAUUCAAAUCGAAAUGAGGAAAUUAAACAAUACCUCCUACACAAGCACCAAACAUCCUCAGAGGUUAAAACUGGGUUUACAGAAUUGAACCAACUCGACCAGUUUCAGAUGAAAACCAAAGUCAUUUUCUCAGAGCAUGCUGGCAUGGGAAAAUCCCUGUAUGUGAAAAAUCUUGUGAAAGUGUCUGAAGAAAAACUUAAAAGUGCAGGAUUUACUUAUAAAACAAUACGGAUAAACCAGUCACAGCUGAGGACUGAAGAUAUUGUCUCCCAGCUACAGCAGUUUGAGGACAAACCCAUGGACAAAGUCCCGAGAAUAUUUCACUUUGACAUUCCUCCUGUGGUGACAAAAGGACUGUAUACCUUUCUGCUGCAGCUGUUUGUGCUGAGAUGUUUCCAGAGCCCUGAUGGUAUCAUAUGGAGGUGCAAUGACUCCCACAUUUACUUGGUGGAAUACACAAAAAGAAAGCACAGGGAAUGUGACCGGCACAGCUCUGAGAUAUCAUCUCAAGUAGAAGACUCAUUUUUGGAAAUGUUGCCAACUGUUAAGUGUCUUUCACCUGAGGAAACCCUGAGACACCUAGAGCAGAAAGGAUCAUGCGAUAAAGACUACCAGCUAAUGGACGAUGCAGAGUUUCGUAGUGAAGCCUUUCAGCGCACUUACCAGUACUUUAAAAUCUACAGACUACAACAAGACAAACUUGAGAGUUUCACUUUCAGUCCCAAAUCUGUUGAAGAUUCGCCAAAGGAAUGGCUGGAGUGUGUUUUGCAGUUCUGUGACAUUAAAAACCCGUCUUGGGGAGAAUUGAGGAAUUUCACACACUUUCUAAACAGCCAGCUGAAGAAAUGCGAACACUCUUUUUUUUGUAGCGCAGCCUUAAAAGAUGACCUGACAGGCUUUAAAAAAUUUGUUGUGAAAUUCAUGAUGACAAUGUCCAAGGAUUUUUCCAUGAGGUCCCUAAAGACGUCUGAUGACAGUAACAAGAAAGGGGAAGAUGCAGCAGCAGAAGACGCAGCUCUCGGAGAAUUUCAGCUCAGACGACGAUGGGAACAACAGGCACAUCCUUACAUCUUGUUCAAUGCGGAUAAUCAAUCCAUGACAUUUUUGGGAUUCCACAUUCACAAUUUAGAUGCAGUUGAUGCACGCACUAAGGUGGUAGUGGAAAAGCAAAUUAUUGAUAAGAGACUUUUUAACCAAUUAAAGGCUCAAAGAGUGCCAUUUAACAUUGACUUUGAGCAAAUGCCCCGUGCCGAACAGCUUGAUAUUAUAGGCAGAGUUCUAGGUGUCAGUACCGUGGAGGAUCCAGAUGAUACAUAUCAGUUGACAUUAGAUAAUGUGAUGAAAAUCCUUGCGAUUCACCUUCGAUUUGAGUCGGACAUUCCUGUGAUCAUCAUGGGAGAAACAGGAUGUGGAAAGACCCGGCUGGUUCAGUUCAUGUGCGACCUGCUGAGAUCAGAGACACACACAAAAAAGCAGAGACAAAACCUGAUUGUGGUGCGGGUGCACGGAGGUACAUCCUCCAGUGUCAUUUACAAGAAAGUGAUGAAGGCAAUUGAGAUUUCAAAAGAGAAUGAAGUCUAUAAUUUGGAUACAGUGCUGUUUUUUGAUGAAGCUAAUACAACAGAGGCUGUUAAUGCAAUCAAGGAGGUGAUCUGUGACAAGUCUGUCAAUGGAGAACCGAUUGAUGCACCUCGCCUUAAGUUCAUUGCAGCAUGUAAUCCCUACAGGAAGCACUCAAAGGAGGCCAUAGAGCAACUGGAACGAGCUGGAUUGGGAUACAGAGUCAGGAGUGAGAAUACAGAGGAGAAACUUGGGCAGAUACCAAUGCGACAGCUGGUCUACAGAGUUCAGCCAUUACCACCUAGUCUUACUCCUCUGGUGUGGGACUUUGGAAAGUUAAAUGAGCACACACAGGAGCUCUAUAUAACACAGAUGGUCAAGAAUUUCUUUCAAAAAGAAAAACUGCCCAAUGCUGGACAUCAGGCUUUAUUUACGAAGGUAAUCUCUGCCUCUCAGAAGCAUAUGCUAGAGUUAACUGAUGAAUGCCGGAUGGUCAGUCUCAGAGACAUAGAGCGGUGCAUGAAAACAGUCAUUUGGUUUUAUCAACAAAGGGACACAUUAUUUCAGGAAAUUGACAAAAUUAGAGGAAACAAAGGAAGCAUCGAUGAUCUGGUUCGGUCUCUUAUUCUUGCAAUCGGAGUCUGCUACUUGGCUUCACUGGAGAAUCGAAAUGAAUACUUAAAACAAGUUUCAAAAGCUUUCUCUGUUGAAGUGACAGACAUUGACAUUGACAUUCAGAGAGAGAUUGAGCUUUGCGAAGAAGCAUUCAUCUCAAAUGUUGACUGUCCAGCUUCAGUGGCAAAGAAUAAAGCUCUGAAAGAAAAUGUAUUCAUGAUGGUUGUGUGCAUGAACUUAAGAAUCCCACUGUUUCUGGUUGGAAAACCUGGAAGUUCAAAAUCUUUGUCCAAGACAAUUGCUGCUCACGCAAUGCAAGGCAAGGCUUCCCCAAGGGAUCUUUUUAAAGGAUAUAAGCAGGCCCAGCUGGCCUCAUUCCAGUGCAGCCCACACUCAUCUCCUGAUGGGAUAAUCUCUAUAUUCAGGCAAUGUGCACAGUUCCAGAAAAAGAAAAAUUUGAAAGAAUACGUUGCUGUUGUGGUCCUUGAUGAAAUUGGAUUAGCAGAAGACUCUCCAAAAAUGCCACUGAAAACAUUACACCCCCUACUGGAAUAUGGAUGUGUUGAUGAUGAAAGUCCUGAUGAGUUCAAGAAAGUUGGAUUUAUUGGAAUUUCUAACUGGUCAUUGGAUCCAGCAAAGAUGAACCGUGGCAUUUUGGUUCUGAGAACAUCUCCCGUGACAGAGGAGCUGGAAAACACAGCUCGUGACAUUUGUUCAAGUGAUAAGGAAUCAGUCAGCACAGAGAUUAGGUGUUUGAUUCCCAAGCUUACUGAGUUCUACUUAAGAGUGCUCGAUGAACAGAAAAGUGAAUUCUUUGGACUCAGAGAUUUUUACAGUCUUAUAAAGUUGAUUAUGUCCUAUGCCAUAGAAGCAAAUGGCAGGCCAUCAGAUGAAGAGCUAACCAGGGCUGUGCAAAGGAAUUUUGGUGGUUUGGAUUCUGUAAAUGUUCUGGAAAUAUUUUGUGAUAUUUAUAAAGAGAGAACAAACAAAUGUGACACAGUCUCACUGCUUAGAGAAAGCCUGGAUGUAGGAACUUCAGGGUUUACUUCCAGGUACCUUCUACUGCCAACAAUCAAUCAUGCUGCUCUUCAGAUUUUGAAAUCCCAGAACAUAAUUAAUGAAAGCAAUGUUGAAAUCAUCUUUGGAUCAGGAUUCCCACACGAUGAAGAAUACUCCCAGGUUUGCCGUACAGUAAACAGAAUAAAGACAUGCAUGGAGACAGGAAGGUCAGUUGUCCUGCUCAAUAUUCAGAGCCUUUAUGAGAGUCUCUAUGAUGCUCUGAAUCAGUGCUAUGUAAAAUUAGGCGGGAGUUACUAUGUUGACCUGGGGCUAGGAUCUCACAGAGUUAAAUGCAGAGUCAAAGAUGAAUUUCGACUGAUUGUCAUUGAAGAGAAAAGCACGGUGUAUGAGCAGUUCCCUACACCACUGCUAAAUCGACUGGAAAAACACUGCUUGGAGAUUAGUAAUAUUCUCCCUGAACAUGCUCAAGAGAUGCAGGCUGAAUUGGAGAAAUGGCUAAACUUAUUUGUGACACAGGAUUCAACUGAAAGCGAUGAGGACAGCACCACCAAGAAAAAAUAUGACACUAUAGUUGGCUACACAGAAGAUACAUGUGCGUCUAUACUUUUACAGUGCUGCCCACAAAUAUUGUCCCUGGAACUGGAUCAUGAUGAGAGAGAGGAAGUUCUUGAAUUGGCCCAGGAAAUGCUUCUGCAGUGUGCAACUCCAGAUUCAGUUCUGAGAGCCACAAAAUACAUGGAAAAAAAGUCUGAGAUGUUUCUAGAGGUGUAUUUUGCAAAGCAGCCACAUGGCAGCUUAAUAGAGGCUUUAAAAAAAUACAGAGAGGCUGAAACCAAUGGAAUUUGUCUUGAGGUAUCAACAUAUUCUCGACUGCUCAAUAAAAGAGAUGUGGAAAAAAUCACUAAGGAGCUUGACAUUACAGAGAGCGAUUCCUGUCUCUUAUUACUGAACGAGUUUUACACAGAGCAGUCAUUCUCUCAAACAGUGAGUGAAUUUCUUGGCAUUGACACAGGAGCACGCAAACUCCUGCUACUGCAGUCUUACUUUGAUGAUCCAAAACAAAGUCGGAGACUUCUCUUCUGUGUGAGACACAGCAUUGCACGGAUCAAAAGUUCAGUCUCAGGUGGAGCUGCCUUUGACGUUGUGCUUCUUACAAGGCUGCCCCGGAUUUCAGGAGGCUGUGGAUUUAUUGCCACAUUUGGAGAUGGCUGGGUUUCACUACACAUGGAUGAACUAGUUGCAACUCCGGGAUUUCCCGGCGACAUUUAUGAGCUACAGCGCGUGACUGUCUCAGAAUGUCUCGCAAAACGUUCCUACUCUGCUACAGAGGAUCCUGACACGGUAAGCCCUAAACCCCCAUUUUCUGAAAAACAGGAUGUCUUGGUUGACACGCACUUGUUAAUGAAGAAGUCUUUACAGAAGGGUAUUUUGCAGAUGCGUGACAAAGUGGAUAACACUCAGAGAGCAACAAAACGUGUAGAAAUUCUCCAUGGGCUGCUGCAAAACAAAUACACUGUGUCUGAUGCUUUCAUUAAAUCACUGGAAAGGAGAAUAGUCAGCUUUCUUUCAGAGCAGGAGAAAUUGAGGGGAAAAGAGAACUGGGUUGUUGCUCAGGCGCUUUCUGAUCGCUUUGUUGCUGAAGGCAGCUCAUUUAGGCAUGUGCUGUGGAUUCAUCUGGAGGACAGGAUAGCCUCAGCCCUAGCCCACAUUCUGGCAGUCAUUGAUGGAGACAAUAACCUGGAUAAUCUGAUCAGUGAUCAACCAUCUGAAAAGGCUGACUUCUGGUUGAAUGUAUUUCAAGAGGAUCAAUGGGAUCUGUUGCACAUUCCAGUCACUACCAAUCAAGGCCAGGUAUCUGUCUUGUCAACGAGUGGAGACCAGACUAAGUCAUGGACAUGUCAUUUCCCAUUUAUCUGGGCUUUACAAGAGAAAUUUGAGCAGAUCUGGUCAUGUGUCAUCAAUCUGAAAGGACCAUCUGUUAAGCCUACUAAGGAGUACUUGGAGAUGUUUGAAGAACUGAUACCACUUCCCUGGAUUAAAAGCAUCACAAAAGGCCAUGAACUGUUUGCCGUGUUUUCUGAAGAUCUUGUAAACAUCUCAAUGCCAUCGUAUCCACAUGACCUAAAUAAGUCUUUUUCAGAAACACUUACUAGACUCACACCACGUCUUUAUCAUAAUUUAACGGGAAAUGAUCCUGACUGUGUCCCUCUGCCCUGGCUGUAUGUAGUUAAUAAAUACAUGCACGACAACCAUCAACUUUUCUACAGUUUGGUUUUCCAAAACAAAGAUGUGGUCACUGCAGGGGAAGCAACUGAGGCCCUCAGCCAGGUACUUCAUGGCCUUCACCCGAAAGAAAGUGAGCUGAAAGACUUACCCAGCUGCCAGGAGUGGCUAAAGAAAGUGAAGUCCCUGUCUGAGACUGUUGACUUGAUCCUUUCAGAGGACUCUCUGGUGACUCUUUAUGCUGAAAAUGCAGAAAUGCUAAUCACAAAAAUCAGACUACUCUGGAAAAGUACCUGGAUAAUCUAUCUACUGAUGGAUCACCUCCUAGAAAACGAAAUGGAAAAAAAACUGCUGACCUUUCUCGUGAGAAAUCUAUUGUUUACAUGGAAGAAACUAAACUCAGAAGAAGGGAAGCAGAUGGAGUUUGUGAUCGAUAAUGUCACAGGGACUCUGACUAAAUGUAGCAAGAAUGCUUGUAAUGUGUUCAAAGUCAUGUGUGGCUACUGUGAUAAGGACUUCACAGAGGACGACACAGCUGAGGUUGAAUGUGGACACAUGUUUCACAUAUCUUGUUUAAAGGCGCACAAUGACACGCAGUGUAGGACAUGCAAAAAACAGAUCAAACAAAAUUACAAGCCUUGUGGAGUUGUGGCCAAAGAAACCUUUCUCAAAGUGAACAGAUUCAGAAGAAAGUGCAAUUCGUUCUUUGUGGAGUUCAUGUGGAAUUUUGUCAAAAGCAAAGAGGAACUGACUGACAGCGUACUGAACAAACUCAUGGACUAUGUAAGAUGUAGCCCAUCUCCAGAAGCUACAAGUGAGAGGUCCACAUUACUGCAGUACAUGAACCCAGACCCGGCUGUCCAGUCUCUCAUACUCAAGAUCCUACUCAGAUGCGGAAUGGAGGAAACAGCUCCUCAGCUUCAGAGGUUCAUUGAAGAGGCUGUGAAAUCAAACGAGAGGAAUGCUGAUGAAAUCUACUUCAUGGUGGUGCGCAGCAUCGAGGAUCACAUCCACUUCUCCAAUCAAGGCCAUCUCAUCAACAAGGCCAUCAAAUGUUUUGAUACCUGUGAGUUCAACGAGUCUGACCAGAACAUGAUUUCUGAGGAUCUACACAAAAUCGCAAAACUGCGGUUUGCCAUCACGGUUGCCUCUGAUGCCAUCAGGAUUGUACUGUCUGAAGCGGUCACAGUAGAGGCUGAAGAGUGCAGGCAUCUUCUGCGAAACCUGCAAGAGUUUUUGUCUAAGACUGGCAACUCGUGGAUACAGAUAUUUCUGCUACGCAACAUCUGUGAGACACAUGGAUAUAGCCUCGUCCAUCAGCUCGGACAGAGUGAAAAGUUUCAAUGGACUAUACCGAGUCAGGUGUUGAAAGAACAGCAGGACAUGUCUGCACAAUCAGUGGAUCAGUUCCAGAUGUAUGGGCAAAUGUAUGAGAAGAUUACUCUUGACUCAUUCAAAGCUCUAGAAGAACCUUCACAUGAGAUUGCACAGGAGUUUGAUGAAAACAUUCCAUGUUUCCGGGUGUGUAUGGCAUUAUCUGCUGUCAGGCAGGCCACACACAACACAUCCUCAACCAACAAUGCAGGCUCGCUGAUCUCCAAGAUGAGGGUGAAGUCAAACACAGACACCAGCUGGGGGCCGCUUGUGAAAAUCUGUGAAUCAAAGCUUGAGGAUUGCAGUCUGUCUCAGAUUGUUUUCCACACUGCGCUAGUAGCACAAGUUUCUACAGCACCAGUGAUGAAACUGCUGAACUCACUGUGCUUCAGCCCAGGAAAAUGCCAGGAUUUGUUCAUCCCAACUAUGCCUAACUCAACAAAUGAAAUAAAAGACUGGAUUAAAAACUGGGUUGAGGAAUCAAAGAAAUCAGGAGUUGCAGUAGACAAUGUGAAGAUAUGGGUGUGUGGGUGCGGGGAACCUGUUUUAAUUGGCAAUUGUGGGAGACCAUAUAUAAAAUCACAGUGUCCUAACUGUAGCCGUGAAGUUGGUGGUGAGAGACAUGUUCCAGUAGAAGGUUUCAGAGAGUUUGAUACUGCAACGGGCAGCGGAAGAGGUCACAACCUCGGUGAUCCUAAUAGUCGGAAGGAGCAGGAUGGAGAGAGGAGUCUUUAUGGUGCUCACCUUUACAUGGUGCGAGCUUUAAUACACUCCUCCAUGAUCUGGGGUACAACUGAACAUACUGAGGAGCUUCAGAAGCUCACUGAGAUGCCACAAGGAGCACAUGAUGUCAGGAAGCACCUCUUUGGCCACCUUCGGAAGGACAUUGAAUUGCUCGCCAAAGCUUUAGGAAAGAGUGAGCAGGAUGCUGAGAUGACUGUCCACUUGUUUCUGAAGUUCAUCUUGGAAAGUUCCUCUGAGCCAAACAGCCAUAUUCAAAUAACAGACAGUGAGGACAAACGGGAAGAAUGGGAGAAAGUCAUUCACCAAAGACUUCAGGACUUCUUUCAGAGUUUUGAGGCACAGUUAUCGGACGUGCAGAGUAAUAUUCUGAGAUCGGGUGGCAUGGAUACUUUGGCACAAAUGAUCUACAGUAAGGAGCCAGAGCUGAAGGACCUGCCCACCUCCGGAGUGUUCAACCUUCCACUGAUGUGGAGUUUCAAGCAGAGGAUGACCAUCCAACACUUUAGUCACUUAAUUGAGCAGAAAGAUGAAAGGAACAACGUUCGUCUUCUGGCAGAACUCCUGAAAAGUCACGCUGACAUUGGACACAUCAGAUAUCUCCCUCAAGUGCUGAGCCUUCAGCAGAAAAUGACGUGUUAUUUUGAGAAUCUGGAUCUGCGAGGUUACAGUGAUGUGCCCAUUAACACCUUCAGGAAGGAGAACGUGGCAGAUCAUGAUCUGCAGACCUUCAGUGAAAGUGCUGAAACUGUGAAGUUGUUAUGGAAAUAUCUAAAGUCAAUUAAUUACUCACAGAUACUAGCUGAGCUGAAGGAGAAAGACGAGAACGACUUGAUGAUUCUGGAUCUCCUGCCAACGGAGCGCUCUGUCACUCGGAUUAUAACAAAGUACCUCGUUCAGACGCAGAACAACUUCAUACAACUGACCGACCAUACAGCAGACAGGGUAAUCACUGCUAAUGAGCUCAAGCCUUCCCAUGUCAUCACCUGUGUUCCUGAGCAAGACUUCCUCACCAUUGCCAUUUCAAACAUCGACCACGUGGUGUACGAGGACGGGAAACAGAGCACCAACUAUAAUUUUAAAACUGUGGAGAGGCAGAUAAUAGAUCGAUUCUUCACAGAGAAACCCAUGAUUAAAGUCACUACGCUUCCACUGUUUGAAUAUGACACAGGAACCACGCUGCGUGCCUUUUUCAGCACAGUGCAGGACAAGCUGGAGCCCUUGAAAACCAACGACAGGAAUUGCAUCAUGAAUGAUUUCCGGUUUUUGAACGAGAUCUCCGCAGCUCUUUCUACUCUACGGAUCGUUAUUGGGUUUCUGAAGCUGUCGUUUCCUGCACCGGAGCAGAAGCUCAUGGUCUACCUGAAGAAAGACCUGAAACUGGACGACAGAGCGCAGACAUUGAACUUACAGGUGCUGAGAUCCAGCCAGGUGAAGCACAUUCAGUCUCUGUGGGAAACGUUAUCUCUGAGACAGUCAUCACUGCUCAUUGAGAUGAAUCAGAAUCCCUUUAUCAUGAUCGAGGAUCGCAGUUUUCAUGAGAUGUUCACAGAAGAUCAGAAGAAUGAAAAGAAGAAAAUUCUGGCAAGCGUCCCUAACUUGGAUGUUCUCAUCACCGAGCUUCACUACGUGAUCCUGAACAUCAAGCUCAAAGACGUUCGUCCAGACUGGACAAUUGAGGAAACAUUUGACGCCUUCCUGUACUGCGAUGAGAUCAACGAGAAGGCCAUCGAGUGUCUGAGUGAUCUUCAGGGGAUGGAGAUGAAAUAUGGCAUGGCUCUGUGGAAACUAGCAGUGCAGAUCAAGAAAGGGAUCAAAAACACCGAAUCUGUGUGAAGAGAAGCUGCAGGACGUGUGCAUCCAUUCAUAUUACAAAGCAUCUUUUCAUUUCUUUAAGUUUUAUUACAAUCAGAAUGUCUGAUCUUACACUGAAUCUCUAUUCCAUGCAUGUUAAAUGUCCAAGUUAUCAUUUAAACUAGAGCAGAAAUUAACAAACACAGUUCAUUUUAAUAAUAAUGGUAUUUGGUAUAUGGUAAUGAAUUUAGAAAACCUGCAUUAAUCCUUGAAAUGCCACCUUAGAGCGGGAAAAAUCUGAAUUUUCUUUUUAGCUGCCUAGUUUGUCUGGAGGAUUUAUUCUUUGAGGUUAAUCAUAAUAUUUUUUUAGAUUAAAGUCAUUUAUGUGGAGAUUUGGGAUUUUUGUUUCUUUUUGCGUUGCUGUCGUUGCUAAUAGGUUGAUUUCUGUUCUGAAUGUCUUUGAUUGGGUUUCUGUGAUUGCUAAACAAAUAAAAUUAUAACCAUCCAA